GCGGUAUCCGGACGUGCUGGUCCACAGGAGCCUCGCGGCGCUGAUUGAGGGAAAGCAAAAGCCGCCUUUGGAUGUUGAAGCAACUGAGGCGAUUUGCAACGUGUGCAACGACAUAAACAAAAAUAUGAGAGAAGCUGACAAAGCCUGUGGACUGGCCGUAUUGAACAUCUACUUGAGGCGGCAGAAAGAAGCGAUGGACACAAUUGGAGUUGUGCUAAGUGUGGACGAGCAUUCUCUGUCAGUGUUUUUGCCUGAAGUGGACUCCGAGAUAGUGAGGGAAACUGGAAUCAAAUAA